AUGAUCCCUGAAGCGAUUGUUGUUCCUACGUGGUUUAAUCACGCCUCUCAUUCAGCCGGCAUAUGUUUGACCGCUUUUGAUGGCCUACUAUGGAAGCCAGCAUCUGCACCACUGGGCCCGUCAGCGACCACGCUGAUAGCCUUGGCACUUGGAUACAAUGUGUAUCUGGAAUACUUGGCUCAAGUCAAACACUUCUACGCCUAUCCUCUCUUGUCUAAUGUGUCACACAAGGGUCGUUAUCUUAUCUAUGGAGCUACGUGGAUUCUGGUUCUUGCCUGCUUUAUUGUAGCUGUCUACUAUUGCAAAUAUCUGGUGUCUUUGAGUGACGCUCGCCGAACGAAGUCCCGAGGAUUUGUAUCGGAUCAGUCAUUACGGAAUACCACCGAAGAAAAUCCUCGGAAAAUCAUGAAAGCUGACUAA